AUGAAGCGAGGCGUAGCAUCUUUUCGACCAGUUGAAGCCAGUGUGAAAACAGCUCUGUCUGUAACUAGAUGUAAAAAUAUACAUACGAGCAAGUCAGUGGAUGGAUUAGCACAUGAGAUUGCAGUGGAAAAUGGCUUUGGCGGGGCGUACAGCCAAGAGAAAGCUGAAUGGAUGGUGGGGGCCGUGGAGCAGUACUUCCAGAGCAACGCUGACCUGGAGCCAGAGGAGGUGGAUGAUUUCCUCGCAGAGGUGAUGAACAAUGAAUUUGAUACCAUGAUAGAAGAUGGGAGCUUGGGCCAGGUAAGCCAGCAACUGUGCCUCUUCUUCAGGGAGUGCCAGCAGGGAAAUGGAGCAGCGGUGCAGGAAGCCCUUGCCCGGCUGGCCCAGAAGCAGCAGGAGGCCAGGACGGCAGCCGCGAAAGCCGUGGCAGCUGAAGAAAGCAGCAGCGAGGAAGAAGAGGAGACGGAAGAAGAGGGGGCGAUGCCUACAGGGGCAGACAUCUGCAGGGUCUACACAUCCUGGAAAAUCUACGGCAACUAA